GGUUGUGGCUGGAACCCCUUUAAUGUGAAUACUCAGGCCCCAGUGUAUCCGCCACCAAAAGGCUCCACUCAUGAUCUCUUUGAGGUCGGAGAUCUGAGCGCCAAGCAUGGAUCUCUUGAGGAAUCUAAUAACUUUCAAGCCACUUUCACGGACUGGAACCUACCUCUGUUUGGGCGGAAUAGCAUUGUGGGGCGCUCUGUCGUGAUACACCUUCCCAAUGGGACCAGAUUUGCCUGUGCAAGUAUCGGCUACCCAGGUGAAGUUACUGUCGCCAAGGCUGCCUUUCGUGGACUGGUCGUGGGGACGGUCCUCUUCACCCAGCUCAGUAGAGACCCAUAUUCCGAUGUCUCUAUAUUCAUGGAUCUAUCCUACGGACAACUUUCUGCAUCUUCUACAAUGAAUCACAACUGGCAUGUCCACAACUAUCCCAUCAGCACAGAGACUGACAAUGACAAGGGAGGUUGUCUGUCCACUGGAGGACACUGGAACCCAUACAACAUAGACACCACAGGGAGUGUAUAUACUGUUAACUGUGGUCCCGACAGUCCUUUUGCUUGUGAAGUUGGGGAUAUCUCCGGCAAGCACAAGACUGUGGACCUACAGUCUAAGAUGGGAACAGUGGCAACCAAGAACUUUUUUACUGACACCACCUCUUGGUUGUCUGGAAUGAUUGGACGUUCUUUGGUGAUACAUGGUCCAAACCAAGCAGGUCCACGGAUUGCUUGUGCAAACCUCACCUUGUACCGUUUUCCCUCCGCUCGCUCAGAUUCUUGGCUUGGACCUGGAUCCUCUGAAGGUCAAGUCCGAUUCUCCCAAGUCUCUCCUCAAGGGCCAACAAUCCUAAAUAUCUCCUUUACUGGACUUAAUGCGAGAGCUGGUGGCUACCACAUUCAUAUUCUUCCAAUUAAGAGUACCCAGGAACCUUGCUCUGACACCAACAUCAUGGGACACUUCAACCCAUUUUCUGUGAACGCAGCCUCAUCUCCAGCUCCAGGGAAUGGCACGGUUGACCAGUAUGAGAUAGGAGACAUCAGUGGGAAGUUUGGAGACCUGACGGGUCAGAACAACUUUCAGAACCAGUACAUGGAUGGUAAUAUGCCACUUUUAGGACCGAACGGCAUAAUUGGCCGGUCUCUGGUCAUACAUUACGCUAAUGGCUCAAGAAUGAGAUGUGCAGAUAUCUCAGCAGAAGACUCCCCAGACGGAAACUGGGUGAUCGCCAAGGCCAUGUUUAGUAGUGCUGUAACUGGGACAGUGACGAUGUCCCAGCUAUCCUUUCCAGAUGGCAGCUAUGGUGACGUUAUGUUAGAAGUGGAUGUGCGGGCAUCAAAAUCAUCAAACUUUGCAGAGGCGUCCUGGUACAUUGCAGAUAAGCCGGUGGGGUCAGAUGGUACAUGUCCUGGUGAAGAAGAAAUGUAUAAUCCAUUCAACAUGACAAAUAUGAACAACUGUUCUCAGGUCAGGGCUUUGUCCUGUUUGGUGGGAGAUCUGACGGGCAGACAUGGAUCCAUAAGUCUUACCAAGAGACAACUGUACAGUGACAUUCUGUUGCAGCUGGCCGGAGACUUCACAGUUGUCCAGAGGUCAUUAGUUCUCAGACUCAAUAACACCACAACCGCAUGUGCAGAUAUUCACCCAGAAUCCCCUUCUGCCACCCAGAUCUUCCCCACAAUUACAUCCUUCAGCAGGCAUGAUUUCCGUAAGAGAGUGGCAGAUGUGGUAAACCUCCACAUAUCCAGAGUUUCCAUCUUACCUGGUUCUCCUUCUCAAGGGUCUGAUGGGAAAUGCCAGCAGGUCAAUUAUCUGGUGUCAGGUGAGGUGAGUCAAGAGAAGCUGAGAUCAGUUAAGACGAGCGACAAGAUGGGUGUUUUCAAAGAAUCAAAAACGUGCAUUCCAACUGGAAACACAGGACUGCUGCUGGUCCCCUGCAGGAUGUUAAUGUCCGUUAUGACAGCUGCAGUCUGUCUGCUCAGGAUACUGAGGCACUAGAUGGACCUUUCAGUGAUAACACAGCACUGCCUUUACUGAAUAAACCAGGACACAUUUGCCCCAACUGCAGGAAUACAUCAAACUGCCACCAAACCUUUAAAGAACACUCCCCAUUUUGCCAUGUUACACAUCCAUAUCCUUGUAAGAAAAUGAUAUAAUCUUGUUUCGCAGUCGUCUGGAUCUUGCUGCUCUGUUCUUAAUGGUGUUUAAUGGGAUUAAUGGACAUGUAUUCAUUGUAAAUUCCUCAAAAACCCAACUUAAUACUGUAUUCUACACCUUAACUGUGACUCUGAUUUAUAUCUGAUUUCUAUUCAGUGUAAAUUUUGUAUGAUGCAAUCCGUGUGAAUACAAUACAUCCCUUGUUUUCAUGCAACUCUCUCUGUGAUUUGUUAUGUGAGCCUGUGAAAUGAAGUCUUACAUCU